AUGAAACAACUUAGCAAAUAUAGUUUAGCAAACAUGAGUUAGUUGUCUUAGCACCACUUAAAGUAAAGUGAAACUGAUAAUUGGAGUUAAUUAAGGCUUCCAUCUGGUUCUCUUAAUAGUAGAAGUUACCAUUCCAUUUCAUAUUAUCAUAAUAAAAUUUACAUUUAUGGCGGAUACGAGUUGCAUACUGGAGUGAAAGAUGAUUUCUUAUAUUUCGAUUAUUCUUCAGAAACAUUAGGAACUCCAAUGAAAGUAAAUGCUUAAAAUCCAUAACUUUCUCCUGGUAUUAAAUAGUUUGAAAUUUAAAUUAAAAUCAAUUAUUUUAACAAGAGUACCCUUGAUAAUUCUAAAGAGUAUUCAUAUUAGAUUCUAGAAGUUUAGCUUUUUUUGUUUAAAGCUUAAUUCUACUCUCAAAAUUAUAAGCAAGGUUCUUUUAGAAAAGAAAUUAAUAAUUUUUUAAAAAUAGGACCUCUAUGCAGACACACAGCCAAUUAGUUUAAAGAUAAUUUAAUUAUUUAUGGAGGAAAGUAAAAUGCUAUGCAAAGCAGUAACUUGAUUUGUGUGUUUGAUUUUAUUGAAGAGAAGUGGUUAAGAAAGAAUCCAACUGUUGAAAAUGCUAACAAAAAUGAAAUAAAUUAAGUUCCAUAUUUAGAGUCACAUUCAAGCUCAAUAGAUGAAAAAACAGGAAGGAUGUAUAUAUUCGGAGGAUUUGAGCAUAAAAAAGGGCACUUAAAUAAGCUGUAUGAAUUUGAUAUCUACCAAAAUAGCUGGAAAAUAAUUCAAAGUUCAUAAGGUAAAGUACCUAGUUCUCGCUCUUCUCAUAGCUCUGCUUUUAUCAAUGGCAACUUAUACAUUUUUGGAGGAUAAAAUUUGAAUUAAAGAUUCGGAGAUUUAUGGUGCUUUAGUGUAUAAAAUAACGCAUGGAGCGAAAUAAUCACACCAAAUUAACCUCAACCAAGAAGUGGUCAUAGUAUGUGCAAAUAUUAAAAUAAUAUUAUUUUAUUUGGAGGGAUAUUAGGCAUCACUAGAGAAAUAAAUGAUUUAUUUUGCUUUUCUACAGAAAAGUAAGAAUGGUCUUGUUUGGAAUAUGAGACCAAAUACGAUAGGAGUGAUUUUGCACAUGAAGAUUUCUUGAAUUAAUUAAGUUCUGAGGACAGCCACAACAAUACGAUGAUAUAAAACAAGCAAACUCCGAAAACAAAAGCUCAAAUUUUAAAUGAAGACUUUAGCAUUUUAGGUGAAUUUGGUUUAUCUAUGAACUCCCAUUAAUAGACUCCAAAAAUAAGAAAGCAGUAUUCAGAAAAACAUUUAAUUAACAGAAAAGAAGAUAAAAAUGAAUUUAGCCACUAUCUCAAUAGAAAACAAUUAAAUACUCACAGUAUGUCUGUCAGUAGAUAGCAACAGGUGUUUGAGGAGAACACAAACAGAUAAAAUAUUGAGCUAUUUGAAUGUUCAUAAAAUUCUUAGAAAUCGAAAUAAUUAUACAAAAAAAGCCCUUCUUAAUUGCCUUCUGAGAGACUUUAUAAAAUACAAUAAAUAAGAAAAAUGUUCAAUCAUCAAUAUUUAUACAGUAACAAUUCUGAAUUCAAUGAAAAUAGCAUAUAUGACUUUAGCAAAAGUAUUAGCUAAGGUCACACUCCUGUUUCUUAAAGUGUGAACGAUAAUAUUUUAGCACUUAAAUUAGAUUCUAAAUUUUUUUUCAAUAAAGUUUAGUCAGAGGAAACACCAAAGCAUCUAGAAAGAGAUUAAAGCUAUGAAAAGAGUAAUUAUACAUCUCUGAUAAAUAAUUCAAUUUAAUAGCUAGGUGCUGUUGGUAAAGAAUAAGAAUAUUAACUAAACUUUUAAUCUUUUGCCAAAAGGUUCAAAACACAGUCAACUUAGCUCUUGCAUAAGGGAUAAAUUUAGGAAUCUUUAAAUGCAAUUUUCGAUAAAAUCAAGAGAUUGUCAAUGAAUCCACUAAUUUCUAAAUAAGAAAAAUAUUAAUAAAUAAUAGAAUUGAGAAAGAAAAUACUUUUGAGAGAAUUUGUUGAUUAAAAUACAACCAAAAAAAUUAGAGCAACUACUGAUCAUGCAAAUCCUCCUGUGUCUCAAUCGUAGUAAAACUCGUAAAAAUACAUCAACACAGAAUAAAACGAUGGCAAACAAUAAUACCAUCAGGCAAAGCUCAUAGAUGGCAGUGCUUAGAAUCAAUUGCCAAGAAUAAAGUCCCCAACAACAGAUGCCAUGAGAAAGGCUAUUCAAAUGACUGAAAGCAAAGCAAAAGGAGCUGAAAACUUUUUAGAAUAAAAAUUUAUACAAUUUAAUAAUAGUUAAAUGCUUUAAUAAAUCAAGCAAGUGAAAAUCGAAAACUCUCGAAUUAAAAACAUAAAACCACAGCCAAGAGAUGGACACUCUGCAAUUGUGAUUGAUGACUUUUUAAUUAUUUUAGGUGGAGAUAGACAUAAGCUUUCCUUUAAUGAUAUUUUUGAAUGCAAUCUGAGAAAAGCGUUGAAUAAUUAUCAAGGACAAUUAACUUCUCCAAGAGACAGAAAAACAAACUAAAAAAUAGAGUUAGGAAUAUCUGAUUUUAAACAUUAAUACCAAAUUUCACAGUUAAAUCAAAUACACUCUUGA